CCGAAACGACCUAACUGUAUCAGAAUAUUGCCUUCUUUCUCCUGAUCGUGUAGCUCUGGAGAGUCUCCCGCCCUACUAAUGGAUAUCCCGGUUUCCGAUCCCCAGCUGACUACAGACUCUGGUGCUUCCUCUUCACCCUGCUCCCAUUGCGACGCCGAGCUCGUCCACAAGAUCGCCCAACUCCUCCUCCCCGGCCUCGCCACCGCCUGCGUCGACUCCACCACCGGCGAUAUCUUCCGCACUCCCUCCAUCGUCGCCGUCGAUCUCCGCAAAGAGAUGGUCGACCACCUCAUACAACGCACGGAAACCUACAUUUCCGAUCUCCUCCUCUCCCGCAAUUCACCUUCCGACCCCAACGCCGGCCUCUCCAAACCCGUCGACAUUAUUGCCGCACUAAUUGAAGAUUUCACGGCCUCCAAACGCAAUAUUUUCAGCCGUGUCUCCGGAUGGAUCCUCAGCGAUGCUCGCGAUGACAGGAUCGAUGACCUCGUCCAUGAGAUGGAUACCAAUCGCUUCUGGACGAUCGAUCGACGCGAAGCGAUCUCCGAGGUGCUGCUUCGAAACAUUGAUUAUAAGAACGAGGCGCAUUGCUCGAUGAGAUUCGAGGACGAGCGGGAGCUGGAAGCUCAUAGAGAGAAAUGUGGGUUUCGGACGGUGGGGUGUGGGAAUGAGGGGUGUAAGGUGAAGUUCUGCUCGGCGCGUGAGAAGGAGCAUGACGAGAUUUGUGCUUAUAAGGUGUUGGAAUGCGAUCAGAAGUGCGGGGAGAUGGUGUUGAGAAGGGAGAUGGAUCGGCAUUGUGUCACGGCGUGUAAGAUGAAGUUGGUGAACUGUCCAUUUUAUCAGGUUGGUUGCGAAUCGGGGAUUCCGCGGUGCAGGGUUGAGGAACACUGUAGGGAUCAGCUGCGGAGGCAUUUGAUUUGUGUGCUUCCAGUUGCUCAUCGCGAUGAGGAGAGGUCGGAAGAUGUGUGGGAAGAGCGUGCUAAAGAGCUCGAGUGCUCCAUUUGGGGGCGUGGCUUCAGCUUCGCGGCACCCCACCGCCGAAGUGAAAAGUUUGGGGGAGCGGUAGAGAAGCGUCGCGACCACCGCAGGGGAUUUUUCCACAAAAAGAGGGCAGCGGGAUCAACCCCAUGGCCCACAUUCCGCGAUUCUACACAAAGUGAGAAUGAGCUUGCAGAAGCUUUUAAUGUAAGAGCUUUGGUAACAGCAAUUAAGAAAUUGGAAGUAAAUAUGAAGAAAUCUCAAGAAGAUGAUAGGUAUGGUAGCAAGCCUUCAGACUGA